UCGUUUGUAAAUAUUGUGUAGGUACUAGUAAUCAGUGAUUUUAAAUUAUAUAGGUUAUCCUUCAUCUCACAGUAAUGCUUGCCACGUGGAGGCGAUAUGGCUACUCAGCCAUGCUCGUGAAUGUGUGUGUGGUGUGUGGCCUCAGGGCAGGAGGAAUGUCGGUGCACUUGGAUCCCCAGGAGGUGCUGUGCCACCUGCAGCAACUGGGCUUCAGCGAUGUCAGCCCGAAGCAGCUGGCAGAGUUCAUGAGAGACUUGAAGAGGCUGAUCAGCUACGACCGCCAGAGGCAGUGUCUGUGUCGCUGCACCUGCGAGGGAGAGCACAGCUCUGUGUCCGGCUCGGAGCGCGGCACAGACGGCCAGCACCUGGACGCUGCUACCAUCUCCCUCGCGGACAGAGAUGAGAACAUGUCUGAGUUAGAGUCGCUGGCAUUCUCUUCAACUCAUGCUCCCUCCAAGAGUGUUAUGGAACAACCAAAAAGGAUUAAAUCUACUUUGAUCCGGCCGUGGCAGGCGGGCCAGGGCGCGGCGCGGCGCUGCGACCCGGUGGCCUUGUACCACCGCUACCGGGCCCUGUGGAGCCAGCAGAAGUUCCCCGGGGAGGACGGCCGCGCAGAGCUGCGCUGGACCGUGAGGCACCGCAUGCUGGGCCGCCAGCACCAUGUCAGUGUGCCUUUUAUCAUCUCUAUCUGAUAUUUUUAAUAUUAGACUUAUCAGAUACAAAACACAUGUGUGUUAGUUGGAAGCACAAUCAAAUAUCUAUAUCACAAUCUUUAACAUAUUGUUACAAAGUUUUAUCAAACAAUUUUUUUUUAAGCUGACAUAUUUGGUUGUGUAGUCUUGUUGAAAAUUAUAACAGUGCAAACUGUAUGCAAUGCAGGAAAAAAAUUUAAGUUAAUUCUGCAUGUUAUGUACAGUAGAACCCCUUUUUUACACUAUUGAAGGGGGUGUCUGAAAAUAUUGUAAAAUAAGGGAAAUGUAUUAAAAAUCCUUUUUUUUCUCUCUCUAUAGAACGUGAUAUUAUAUGACGUAAACAUGUAGUACUCUGAUAUACAUAUAAUUAAUUGUUAUGAGUGUCUGAAUCACAGCUAUAAAGAAUAAUUAUAUACUUAAGUCGCAUAUUUACAUUCUGUAGUGUGUAUAGGUAAGCAUACUGCCCAUGUACAGUGGAACCUCAUUAUUACGAGUACAGGAUACUACGAGACCUUCAAAGAUACGAGAGUUUUGUAAUGCACCGUCAGUUUGACUACAUAAAUCAUACUUAAUUUGUCUGGUAAUUAUUAGUGGUGCACCGAUAUGACUUUACCGAUUACUGAUUCGAUUACCGAUUAUGAGAGCAAUAAUCGGCAGAUACCGAUUCAGUUACCGAUUAUAAUGAAAUUUUUUUAAGUGUAAUAAUGCACACAAAAUUUUUUAUUCCCAUGUGAAUUUAAUAACAAGAUUAGGUAAAAUCGAGAAUACAGUUAUAAUAACAGUAUAAAAAUAUAUAAAAUACACUAUUAAGUCAUUGCAAAGUGUAAAUUAAAUUAACUUCUAUUUAUAUUUGUUAUUGUAAACAACUUGAACUACAGUCUAACAAUUGUAAUUUACAAUGGGUAAGUUUUUGUUGCGGAAAACUAGCAUUAUUAUUGACUAUCACAUAAGGUUGCAUCAAGAAAUUACCGUUUAACAAUGUAAACAUGCUGCUUUAUUUUGUUCACUUGAGUUUAUAGAAAAAAUGUUUCCACACUUCACUUUUUUUCUCCCUACUUGCCAUCUCACUAUAAUUAUAUAAAAAUGACUAAAAACCAAUACUAGCACAUGUGAUUUUAUUUAUGUUGACUGAAUAUAUAAAAUUAUAAAUACUUUUUCACUUUUCACGUCAUACAAAUAACAAACGGAUAAUGUUACCAAAGACGCCCAUAACGAGUUUGUAAAACGCAGUGAUAAAAACUAGAAGGUAUCGGGACUACGAUUUUGAACCGCUACUACGACUCGAAAAGAUCGAUUGUCAUAGAAUCCACUGCAACUGUUUGUGGUAUUUUGAUUGUGUGCCAUAUAUUUUACGUCUCUGGCUUUAGGUAAUGUACAAGGCCACUAAACAAAAAACUAAACGUAAAUAAACGUGUAGGAAAAAUGUCUUUUAUUGUUCGAGGCAAUGAGAUUUAUUAAACUUAACGAAAUAUCUGUAAUUAUGAUAUGACGGAGUUAGAUGAAUUUUGUAAUAUAUACAAAUAUUACCGUAUUGCAUCCUAAAAAUUGUGUAACAAAAUAUUACACUGUAAAAACCUACUUAAUUACGCCGGGACGUAAAUAAUCGGCAAAGUAAUCGUUAAGAUAAUCGCCGAUUACGAUUAAUCGGUAAGUACCCAUAAUCGCCGAUUACAAUUCAGCGGUAUCCGCAUCGGUGCACCACUAGUAAUUACGAGUGUUUCCUUGUUGGCCCUUCCGUAAGUACGAGUGAUUUAAAUGGCAUCUUGAAAAAAAGUUGAAGCAGUUACCACAAAGACCGCUACAAGAGUGACGAGGAAGGAAGUGGAGUGACUGGUGACAAGCAACGUGCCACGACUUCCCGCAGUAGAGUUGAAAGGGGAAGAGGAGAGGCUGUGGGUUGGAGUGUGGUGACUAACAACAUGCUUGCGCUCUCUCGCAUGAGGCGAAGGCUACUUUCCUCCUUUCAUACUCUUCCCCUCCUUUUCUUUUCUUAAUUCCGUUAUUCCCCCGCAUUGUCCUCUCUCUCUCUCUCUCUACCCUAGGUUCAAGGUUGACAUUGAACAAAGGUGCUUGAAAAGGCACAUCCGGCAGGGGGUGAAGGAAUAUUAUCAGCAGCACCCGAAGGUUCACAAAGGAGGGGGGGGGGGGGGCAGAGAGUUGCCACGCUUAUAGUGAGAUUGGCCACAAAUAUAACCUAACCAGAAAGUAUAAACUGAUUGUGUUCACCGCUGCGCAUAAAGCACCGUAGAGUGUGUCUGUGUGUUGUUACGUCAGCCAAGGUUCUCCUCUAGUAACUAGCUGCUGCGCUGGCUUUCGACUAUGGGGGAAAUCUGAAAAUAAACCAGCCUACACAGGAAGGAAGCCUUCGCCCCUCCCUCCCCGCACCCAUCUUCUUGCACUUCUUUUAUUUUCUUUUCUCCGCUUCACUUACUUCCCCCCCCUUUACGAUGCGACCAUGGCCCCACCUGCUAUCUUAGCUGUGUUUUAUUGCUACCUCAUGCGUCAUGCGUCAGACAAAUUCAUUCCCCAUUAAAACAAAAAUAUUGUAGAUACAAAAAGAUCAUAGAGACCUUUUCAAUUUGUAAUUUGAUUUGCUACAUCUUUUAUUCAAUGCGUUUUUCACUAAAGUGUGCCGUUUUCAAAUUACAGUGUGAAAUUGACAUUUUUUAUAAUGUUCAGUAAUCUUAACUUUGACUUCAAUUUUCUGUGUUUGGUUAUUACGAGUAUUCGUAGUAACGAGGAUUUUUCCCGUCAUUGUCAGCUCUCGUAGUAACAAGGUUUCUCUGUACAUACUUUAAUACUUAAAAUAUCAAUUCAUAACAUGACAUUUACAGGUUAAGAAUAUUACCAAAAAUAUCACAAAACAUAAGGAAAGUGUACUAAAGCAAAAGUUAUAUUUUUCAAAGAAAAAAAAAUACAGCAAGGUUUCUCAAAAAAUGAAUAGGUACAUUCAAGGCCCUUACACCCACAAACCAUUCCUUCAAAAGUACUUCAAGAUCCUAAUUUUGAUGCACGAAUGUAUUUUCUCUUCUUAGAAAAACCACCACACUGAGAUGCAUUUUCUUCAAUCAUUUCGCAAUUUUUCAUAAUUGUGUUCAGAGUUGAAAUCGGCACGCCUAACCUCUCAGCGAGUGAAACAUGAAUACCUUUGUGCUCAUCCACGCACUUUAAAAAACUGAGUAUUUAAUGAAUCAAAAAUGUUUUCCAUUUUUUUACUCACUGUCAUCUUGUUAAAAUACGUACAGAUAAAAACAUAGAAAAAAAAAAUUUCCCUUAUUCACAAUAUUAUUUGUUGCUGACCACGUUAUUCUUAACAGACGUUGAAAAGAUUUAAUACCGGAAAUGUAUCGAGUACGUAAUCCUGAAUGUAUAAGUUAGUGAUGAACAGUAGGAAUUCCUAUAAACUGUAGUGCCAGCGUCGCGUGCUAACAUUUUCUCAAAGUCUGCCUUCAAUAAGCUAGUGUUGGCAGCCUGUCAGUAUCGUUUUUAAUGAAAAAGCACUUAGAAAAAUUCACGAGCUACAGCGCUAGUGUUCCCAACAGCAUUUUUGAUUUGGUAUUUCGCAUCAUAGUGAUAUCUUCAUAGGUAAGAUGUCCAUGACAAAUAUGGGAAUAAUGAAUUUAUUUAGGUAUAGCAUAAACAAACAGUGUAAUUGUGGAAAGCAGAUUAUAGGCAUGUUGUAAUCAAUGGGAAUUUAUUGCAUUGCAUUAAAUGAGGUUAAAACGGGCCUGAAAUAAACUGGUGCAAAUAACGGGAAAACGUAAAAUGUGGUAAUGUAAAAUCGGGGUUCUAAUGUAUUUUUGUUGAAAUGUUUUUUUAAAUAAUAAUUUGUAUUGUAGUACAUAAGUUACCUUCCAAGAGAGACUGUUGAGAUCGGGAAUGUUAAAAGGGACAAGGGAAAAUAGGUGUAAUUGGCUAGGGUGGGACCUUGUUUGUAGUUUUAAAUAAACAAAAACUUUAACAUUAAAGGGUAAGAAAAUGUAAUUUCUAAAUACUGUGUUUUAUCGCAUAAGGGUCGCACGCGCUUAAUCAUUGCAACCAUAUUUUAGGCUGUCAAAAUUGGGAUAAAAAACUUCUCGCGUAAACGUCGCAAUAUUUUUUUGGUCCCGCUAGUAGAUGCCGAGCGCUUUGUGUAGGUAUCUUUUCCGUAUAAAAUGAUGUAUUUUAAACUAGAAAUCUAAUAUUUAUUCGGUCAUUACCAUAAAUUAACGGAAAAAUACGAAGUUGUUUGACGUGUAAAUUUUCGGGGGCGCGUCGUUUUGCCUAAAAUCGUUUUGCCUAAUCGUGUUUCCCCACCUUCGUUUUGCCUAAAAUUUGUUUUGCCUAAAGUCAUUUUGCCUAAAGUCAUUUUGCCUAAAGUCGUUUUGCCUAAAGUCGUUUUGCCUAAAGUUAGUUGGCCUAAAGUCGUAUUGCCUAAAACCAUUUUGCCUAAAAUCGUUUUGCCUAAAAUCGGUUUGCCUAAAAGUCAUUUUGCCUAAAGUCGUUUUGCCUAAAAUCGUUGUGUCUAAAGUCGUUUUGCCUAAAAUUAUAAUCGCAUGCUUAAGUUCCCCUAAAGUCGUUUUGCCUAAAAUCGUACUGCCUAAAAUUCGUUUUGCCUAAAGUCGUUUUGCCUAAUGUCAUUUCGCCUAAAGUUGUUUUGCCUAAAGUUUCAGCACUUCGCUUUCUUUAACAGACAGUUAACUUGCCGAGCAGUCGUUUUGCCUAAAAUCGUCUUGCCUAAAGUCAUUUUGCCUAAAAGUAUUUUAGUAUAUUCUUGCUCCAUAAAGUGUGUGUAAAUACAUUCCAGCCACUUGUAACUCUAUUCGUGGAUUCUGGAACUACUACCGAAACAUUGUGAGAGGUUCGACAUUCUGCCACAAGAGUGGAGGGUGUUCAGUAUCGCCUGCAUCUUUCAAGGAGGAAGGGUAGUUCGUUUUUGAGACAACAGGUAGUGUGUCGCUCAUCAAGUAUCGCCUGCAUCUUUCAAGGAAGAUGGGUAGUUCGUUUCCGAGACAAACAGAUAGUGUGUCGCUCACCAUUACUAUUUAUCGUCUUUUGAGGUUGCUUCCUUCUUCAAUAUUUGAGCGCAGUUGUCCCAUCUACGCAAUGCAUUCAAUGCUGUGGAACGCACCACGCCUAUACUAAUAACUCGCAAACAAGAUCUGUAACAGUGGAGUAUUAUCACGCGAUAAAAGACAAAUAAUAAAUCUACUAAUUUUAUGUUGUACAUUUUGACUGCGAAUUAAGUAAACUGAGUAACCAGGCUCUAAAUAUGCGCUUUUUCGCCAUUUUCACAAUUUUUUUCUAUGUAAAUAUAUUAUACGGAAAAUGUAAAACAUGAUAAUUUUCACCUUUCGUGGAAAAAAAAAUCGUAUUACCAAAACAUUUAUUUACGGAGACACGCAUAUACGCUUAACUAGGGAAGGCCCUUACGUAUAAAGUAUUACUGUUUUUGAAGGAAUAUUAUACACUCCUGCGCUAUUAUUUAUAACUUAGGGUAGAUACUACGACAGUUUUAUUACACUAAAACUGGUAAUAUUUUUGGAGUCCUAGAAGUAUAUUUCGUGGUUUAAUGUUUCCAGAGCAAAAAUUUAAAUAGAAUUUCCUGUAUGACUUAUUUAUAUAUCAUUUCUAUAGCUGAGUAAUAUGUAAUAAAUACUUUGAAAUCAAAGGAAAGAAAGCGAUAUGGUUAGUGAACGAAACGGAAACUUGUUAAAUAAAACAUGUUGUUCGGCAACUUAAAAUUUCAUGGAAUUAUUAUUAUUUUAUAUCCACAAGGAGUAGAGGAGUUGUUUGUGGUAAUGUUGUUGCCUUUGUAUCGCUGUGACGCCUUUACGUUGAACUUCCCCUUCUAAAGAUACUGCAAGCCUAUAACAUUUUGGUUUAAUAAUUUUUAUGAAAAUAAAAACGAGUUUAUAAAUAACACAAACGUAUACAAUAAAGUUUACUUCUGCUAUGUAUUUUUGCUAUAAUCAAUAAAUUUUUAUUGCGUUAGCAACUUGACUUCACCUAAGCCACUGACAAAACCUGAUAUAUGUUUCAGAAACGGAGUAGCCCUUAUUAGCCUACUUUACUCUAAGAAAAGUAGUAUAAACUAAUAUAUCGUCUUUAGUCACGCCGGAUAUCUGUAUGUAUAUUUAUAUUAAAAAUAUUUGUAAAAUAAUGAUAAUCGCUAGAAAAUACGCCUACGUUUAACCAAAUUCUAUGCAGAUCAAUACCAGGCACUAUGUUUUAUACGUUAGGAAAGUGAGUGGAACCACCGCUACUAGCACUACCUCUUGAUUGCUGGAUGCAAUAUAAUUCGAAAUAAUGCUUUGUUAUAGCACUUUAGAGAUUUUUAAUUGCGUUUUUCAGGUACUUUUGAUAAUUUAAAGUCCAAAUAAGGCUAGAAUAAUGGUAAUUAAUAAUCUUUCUUUUGUGUUAUACGUAAAUUCACAGUAAUUUUAGUACACAUUUUCUGAAUUCAACUCUCGACUUUUCAAUGUAAACGAAUACGGCAAAACACCUAACUUCAUCCACAUCCCGCUAGGAUCGCUGUUCAAAUUAGUUUCCGCUACUCUUGCCGAAUUUCCGGUAUUGCUCUGUAUUGUAUUUGGUUUACUUCAUUCGGCAAUGAAACGUAUGAUUUCAUGAUAUGUAGUUUUUAAUGAUUUAAGACGUAAUUUAACAUAAUAUUUUAUUUUUAAUUUAGUCGGAAAUUUUUUUACGUCUGUAAUUCGGUUACUCUAUGUGAUUUAAGUAUGUCUGGGUUCCAGGUACUAAGCAAUUUAAAGUAACGAUGAUGUUGUACUUUUACAGUAUUUUUUUAUUAAAUAAUUUGUUCCAUGCAAUCCCUGUUUUCACACCUUUACAAUGAUAGCGUAGUACGCCACCUUGGUUGUAAUAUGGAGCGAAAUAAGUAGGCAGCGUAGCGCGACGCCUGAAGCAUUUUAUUGUGAAAUUUAAGUAAAUUGAGUACCUACUAGGAAUGCGUAUCGUCCCAGAACAGUUUUCAGAAAUGUGAGCUACAUUGUGUAGUAAAAGAAAGUAGUUUUGAAAUGGUAAUCUAUAAAUUUAUAUUAAGAGAAUAGAUGUGGUUAACCACUUUUAAUUAUUGUGGUUAGCUUUGCUUAAGCCAGCCUGCCUGAAGAGAAUCUACGGUGAUUUUUUUAAGAGAUUUUAAUUUCGGUUUAUAUUGGAUUCAUAAUUGAGAAUAUUUUCAAAUUAAUGAGAGGAGGUUGUAUUUGUUUUGCUAUGAUAUUGACGAUCCUACCAUGUCACAAAAGCUCUGAUAGUAAUGAGAAGAAUUAAUUGCUUUAACCUAGCAAUAUUAUAGUCGACUUUAUUUUGAUUUAAAAACCUUAGAUGUUUAUAUUACUUCUAUAAUUACGUCACAGAGAUUUUUAAUUCUGUUAAUUGCUAUAAUACCUGUAAACCUGUGCUAUUCGUUUUCUCUCCGAUACAUUAAAAAACAUUGUAAUAAAUAAAUUGCCAUUAUAUUACAUUUAUUAUUACUGUAAAUGGGAGAUUUGGUCUUUUCCCUUUAGUAUAGCCGUGCGAAGUCGGGUCGGUCAUCUAGUAAUAUAAUAAUAUAAAGGUGGAGGUGUUUCGAGUACUGUGGCACUAGUUCCCAUUUUGAGAAGUCAAUGUGUUUAGUGAGUAGGUAAAACUAAGCGAAAGACAAAAAUAUUACCGUCUGUUAAUACAAGUACAUAUAUAGUUAUUUAAAUAUGAUAAAGAACCACUGAACUUUUUUCAACAGAGCUAUACGCCAGCGACCGUAUGUUACUGCGACGCCAUUCAGAUUUCACUCUAAAUUUCUUUUGAAAUUUUAAGGCUAAGUUACAAUGUAAACUACGUGGUUUUAGUUUAUUUAAUCUCCGUCACAUUUGUGACUCUGAGUUCUAAUAUAUUUACUUAUAUUGUAUAAAACACUACAUAUCAUAACUUGAACAGUGAAAAAAUAUGUUGUGAUUAUUAUUUUCCUGUUUAUAUAUUAUCGCUGUUACAUAUCUUUAUAUUUUGGUUUUAUUUAGCAAGAAAAUAUAUUAGAACUCUAGUCACAAAAGUGUCAAACAAGUUAUGAUAUUUUCAAUCCAUCACCUCUUAUAAGGACCUCACCAAAAUACAUAACAUUAUCUUUUUACUAUAUAUGGACCUUUGAAAAAUGCGGAACUGUCAUAAAGGAGAUGCACACUUUUAGAUAUUACCAAGCACUUAUUUUUAAUUCUGCAUGGCAACGCUUAAAAUUAACAUUAAAUUACGAAGCAAUUAUUCUUAAGUUAUUUACAAGUAGACUUACCAAAUCCUUAAGUACUUCAUGUUGCACAUAUGUAUUUCCACCAAGCACCCUUCUUACAAAAAUUGAAGACACUAAUAUUAACGUAAGAAUAUUGUUUUGGUAUUUUCAAUAUUAUCUACAACAUGUCCAAAGUAAUACCAUCAUCGUUGUCUGCAUCACUAUUUUAUUACAUGCUCUACUUAGUUUAAAUACUAACAAGUGAAAAUUUAAUAUUUCUAGGAACGAACCGUGUUCUGGUGUAAACACGCAUAUUGAAAUACAGCUUACAUUUUAAUUCAUAUUAUAAUUUAUUUGUUUAAAGAAAGCAUAUGCCGCUUUCAAAUUAUAACAUGUUACAAAUUAUUGUUAAAUAAAUUAGAUAAGAGAAAAAAUUGAUCUAAAAAUUCAGACACCUGUUUAUUUGCUAGGCUGAAAGCUAUUUUAUCUUGUAGAAAAUAUUGAAGUUGUAACAUCUUCAGAAUUACUUGUUCACAAUGAAAUGCAUAGGCCUACUUUGGUUUCAGAACAGAGUUUAAAAGCUUGGGAGGUAAGUAGCUCGAUUAAAAUUUGACGUUGUGGCCCACUCAAUAUUCGGCGUUGUAGUUAUUAUAGACUUCAGCGUUGUGGUCAGUUAAGGAUUGGCCGUUGAGGGCAAUAAAUUCAUGAUUCGGCAUUGGGGUCACUUCAUUAUUCGAUUUUGAGGUCACUUUAUGAUUCGGUGUUGAGGUCAUUUCGUGAUUCGACGUUGAUAUCACUUCGUGAUUUGACGUUGUGGCAAAUGAGGCAUUCGGCGUUGUUGUUGAUUACGGUAAAACUACGUUUUAUGAUAACAUUUUUCGAAACCUUAUAAAACAUUUUAUGUUUUUUAAUCAUUAACUACCAUAAAAUAGUUUUACAACUAAACAGUAAUUAUUAUUAAUUAUUCCAUGGUCCCCUUGUACUGGCACUAGGAGUUAAACAGUAAACCCUGCUAGCAAACCAUGGGCACCACAGAGCUAUACUAAAACGAAAAUAAUAAUACUUAAAUAUACAAUGGCUGAGUACCCAUCAGUUUGGUAGAAAUAUGCUUGAAGGUUUGUUAUUUUGAAAAUAAAAGUGUCUUUCUUAAAUCAAAACGUAAAUGUCGAAUACCAUGUAACUAAUUGCAUGACUGAUUUGACGCGAAUCGAUUACGUAAUGUUAAAAACUAGAAACCCACCCCGGCUUCGCACGGGUAGCAGAGCACAUAUGCAUACAUAAACGGAAGUUACGAUCCUGAUCCGGAAAGGAAUAUGCAUGCCAAAUUUCAAAUCAAUCGGACGUAUAGUUUUGGAGAUCUCGUGAUGGGUCAUUGGUAUUUCGCUUGUAUUUAUAGAUAGAGAUACGGAAAUUUCGUGCAUUCGUUUAGUCGCAAGUUAUCAUUUAAACCUUCACACUCUCACACUUUGUUCACGAUUGGACCGCAGUUAUUUGGACACGCCCCUCUACGACCGUGAUCCAACUAUGCCCAGCCAGGAGUGAAGUAAGCGAAUCAGGCAGGGCCAAUUGACAAGGACAAAAUUGUCCUCGCUAAGAAAUCAACCAAUUGGAAAGCAAACGCGGGUUGCGCACACCUAUGACUUAUAUACCCUGAGUCCAUAUGAAUCUACGAAAUUUCCGGGUCUCUAUUUAUAGAUUAUGGCAUAGUCUUAAUUUUUGAGACGAAUGAUUACAAAAUAAGACGAAAAUAAUACAUUGGUUUCACAAUUAAAGGUGGUUUAACGUAGAUAAAUAAACGAAACAUUAUAGUUGGCCGAAAAGUUUAAUAUAAUUGCCUCAUAUUAUGAAAUCUUAUAGUGUUGUAUUUUGUUGCAUUACUUGACUACCAAAUUUGUCACAAGUAGGCUGUGGAGUUCUCAUGUUAUGAAGUAAAAGUUUUAUAUUAUAUGUUUAAGUAUCUUAGAAGCUAGUGAAUUAAUAAAUUAACGUAAAUAACAAUUUUGUUAUAGCACAGUGGACUGGUUGUUAAAAUGUGUCAAACAUUUCAGGAGAUUUGAUAUUAGCCACAUAAUUUAAAAUAGUUCAAUUUUGAAAAAAAAAAAAAAAAGAGAGUGCAUUCAUUAUCUUCUUGUUUCUCAUAAAGUUAUCUUUUCUGUAUUAUAUUUAUUUGAAAACUAAAUUUGCUGCGAGUAUGGCGUAUAGCUCCCAAGAAAUUAAGUAGGUUAAAAUUUGUGUAAUGGUUCCUGCGAUAUUAUAUAUGCAGCAACCGAAACACUGAAUAAACAAAUACGUAUUACUGAAAAUGUUUCUAAUAAACAUAUUUUGGAGCCAAACACUUACUUUGGACAGGUAUCCGGAUUUUUCCCAUUGGACAACACAGGUUAGUCAUUCGAGAUAGCUACCUAUCCGGAUUUCAGUAAUGGGGAAACUAACGCCUUUAAAAAUUCUGAAAUAUGCCUAACCAGAAUAAGUUCCCUAUACGGAUAUUUACAUCAGUACAAUAAAAUGCAGACGCCAGGAAAGGACAGCUAUCCGAUUUGUAAAGGUCACUAAUUUAGAGUUUCGUGACUUGGUGCCAAAUUAAAAUAGCCAAAUAGGACACUUAUCUGGAUGUUAACUAACACGCCACAGUUUUCGAGAAAUUGUUCGCUUUGAUCACAUAUUGUAUUAGGUUAUUGCAGAUUGUGCCAUGUAUAAAAAAAGGCGAGCUUUUCGUUAACCGUAAGCGGUAGAUUACUAAUCCCCUCGGUUUUAUUAAAGUUGAUUUAUAACGCCCCCGAAGUUUUCGUGUUUUGCAUUUCCUCGUUCCAUGGUGCAUUAUCCGGAAACUUUGAGAUAUAUCUUCCAAUGUCGACGUUACUAGCAAUAAACUUGUGCUUCAAUUCCAUUUUCAAGAUUUGUUUUAAAACAUUUGGCAUUUACAUGGGCUAAUAGUUGUGAAUUUUAUGUUUACCUACUUUUUAAAGUGGAAUCGUCACCUGAAUUUCGUCCUCGUGAUUUGUCCUAGUGGUUCGUGUUUUAAAAACAAAAUAUAUUUAUUUAAACAGACUCGUGGUUUUCAGAAUGACUCGAUGUCACAGUGCGGGUUAAUGUAUCUGGGUACCGUAAAGGCCCUGCUACAAUUGACUUGUCCAUGCCAUGUCCGUUGGACACAACUCACCUAUUGGUCCACGAAACCCUGUGACGUCAUAUUUCUUGUCUCUUCGUCCCUUGUCCCUUCGUGAUCAAGCAAUUGGCGAUCUUUUAUAAUUUUGUCCCUUAUUGAGUUUUCCCACGCAAGAAAAAUAAGUUUGAAAACAUGCAAAAAAUGUAAACAAACAUAAAUUAUUUAAAAUAAAAAAAAAACGUAAAAUGUCUACAGAGGAUCACAAACCGCGCGGGAAAAAUAGUAGUAUACAAACAAUAAAAACAAAGUGAAUUUUGUGAUUUGACCAUUAUGUACCGAAAUUGGAAAUAUAUCACGUAAUUACUUUGCCAUUGAAAUGUCAGUUUACCGCGCUACCUUUCAAACAGAAUAAGCUUGGCAAUAUUCACAUCAUCAAUAUUUUUAAAGCGAUUUUGUGGCCUCUAAAUAUCUACUAGUAUUAUAAUUUUUUUAAAGGGAUUUGUGGCCUCCAACUUUUGCAAAUGGCCACAACACAUCAAACAAAUGAAGAAAGAAAUAUUAAAAUGUCGCUCUAAACUACUGCACUCUUGUGUUGGUAUUUGAAAUGAUUACAAUUGGACAAUUGUUGUGGCAGCAUAUUUUCGUGAGAGGAUGAGACAAAGCGACCAAGAGACAUGGCAAUUGUAGCAGGGCCUCAUUAAAAAUUGGUGAAAAUUCCAAUACUGCAUUUAUCUGACUGAAAUUUCAGAGCAUCGGCUAUUUUCCGCGAUAUUCUUUUGGUUUAAAAUAAUAAAUUUUUUCGCCCAGACCAUUUGCGCAAAAUUAAUUUCUAUCGUUUAAUUUUUAUAGGAUUCAAGGGUUCAAGUUGUUUCCGUUUUCUCAUAAGAAUAAUGCCCCCUCUACACUUAGCCCGAACGUUCGCGAACGUUCGCGAGUGCCAAGUGUGGAGGGGUGGUUGGCAUGUUAUGGCUUGUGUUCGUGUUAGUUCGUGGGCGCUCGCCUCGGUGUCAUUUUUUUUUGAACAAGUAAAAGGAAGUUGGGCCAACGCCCGUAAUGUGUGCAUCUACACUUGGCCUGCAAGCAGUAACACAAGAACAUGCAUCGAAGUUAUCUUGGUGUUUAUAUUUUCUUGGUAAACAACACAGAGUAAACUUUAGCUGCCUGCAGUGUACCAUAACUACAUCAAUACUCUUUAUAGCAGACACUUUCAGUUCGUUCGUAUCUGAUUCAUCUAGUUCGCUUCGGCUUUGGGAAUCGCGUUUGCAGGCUAAGUGUGGAUGCAUGGUUCAUUGGCAUCUGAAAAAAUUCGUCUUUGUUCGCAUUCGUGUUGGAAUUCGAGUUAGCCUGCCAAGUGUAGAGGUAGCAUAACAUAUGCCCGUGUACUUCUGCCCCCUCCUUUUUUUCCACCGCUUUUUCGACACUCCUUUUAGGCCAGCGGCUGUCCUAAGCGCCUGGGUAGAUAAAAAAAAUCAGGAAAAUCAUAAAAAGUGUAAAUAAAUUAAAUGAGCUUAAAUCUAGCACCAAAUUUUGUUCUUGAUAACGUGUGUGGAAUUUUGCUCGUCUGCCUCCACUAUAACCACAGUUGCUCUUCGGCAAUCUCAAUUACCAAGAACCGUAAUCCCAUUUCAUACCUCGUCCAUUCCUCUCUGUACUAUGGUGAUGACAUUCAUGCUAUUCACUUUAACAAUAUAUAGACAUAGAAAAUUUGUGCUUACAGAUACACCAGUUAUGUAAUGGGUAGAGACUGGAAAAUUUUGCAAGUUUAAUUACAGGUCAGCUAGACUUUACCUGACUAUGUUCAAUAAAUGCUCUGCAAGUUUUAAGAUGUUGUUGCUCAACUGCAUUUCCGUUUUUACACAAUCACUCAAAAUGUGAUUUUAUCUAAUUGUCUGUUGCAGUAUUUGGCAUUUGUUCAUAUGUCUACACAGCGUGCGAAAGAACUGAGAUACGCCACUACAUUUGCAAACUCAACAUGGUUGUACAUGCGUUGAGAGUAAAGAUUGCCCUAAAAUUAAUCCUACUAAUAUUAUAAACGCGAAAGUUUGUAAGUAUGGAUGAAUGGAUUUUUGUUACUCUUUCACGUAAAAACUACUGAUUGAAUGAAAUUUGGCCCACAGCUAGCUUCUAGCCUGGAUUAACACAUAGACCCCAUAUUAAUAUGAAAUUCCAUCCCUAAGGAAGUGAAAAAGUGAUAAUUUCAUUUUAUAACAGAAAUAUAACAGAAACAAUCAUAGGUCAUAGACAUGCAAAUAGUGAGUGAGUGUCAUUUCUCUAUGUCUGACACACGAUCAUACACAUAGUAAGGUCUGGCAAAUUAAUAUUUUUCUCCUUCGUGAGACCAGUCCGCUUAGUGGAGCUCGCAGCAGCUAGCAAAAUAAAGGCGCUAAUAACAGUUUUGUUCUUAACUUCGUAAAUAGAUAGAGUUGCCUUGGAUUUUAAACGCACCAUCGUUUGAUGCGUUUGUCAUGUCUUUAAUUUUCGUUUGUUUGUGCCGUAUACGUUCCUAUACCAUUCGACCGAUUGCGAUUAAAUUUGGUGAUCUGUUAUGCGCAUGCCCAUGAAGGUUACUGAGACGGUAUAACUAUUUUUCAAUAGUUGGAGCACCAAUCGUGUCAAAAAAUGUGUUUAUUUCAUUUUAUAUAGCGGCACUUCGUCUGUUUUUGUUGUAUAAGUGCGCACGCAUGACACAUUUAUUUAAAUAUAAAAUAGAGACAGAGAUAGUGUGAUAUAUAUUUAUAGAGUGACAUAGAGACGGAGAGAUAAAUUGAGAUGGAGCGAGGUAUAGAAAAUGAAAUGGGUUAGAUAAAGAGAUAUACCUAUAGAUGUAUAGAGCUAUAUAGAGACUUAUAUAUAGAAUAUAUAGAGAUAGUGGGAAGUAUAUAUGUAGAUAUAAAGAGAUAAAUAGAGAUAGAGAGAUACAUAGAUGUAUAUAUAUGUAGAUAGAGAUAAAUAUAAAUAAAGAAAUGACUAGAUUAUUUGUAAAUGUGGAACUACUUCAAACAUAUUACAAAACAAAACUGAAUGAGGCAUUGCAAUGCAGGUCGAGCAUUAGCUAGAUAAUGGAAUCUUUUCAGUAUUAGUAAUCUCUUAUUUUUCAGCUUUUUUCUAUAUUGCUUUAUAAAGUCUAAAUUACAUACAGACCAGGUAAAUAACUAUAAACUGGCAGAACAACGUCUGUCGGGAUCUGAAAGUGAUAUAAAUUAAUUUUCACACUUGACAUUCAAAUUAAGAAGACAAUUACUAACUACAUCUGAUUUUGAAAAAGGCCCCCUUCACCCUGUGUUCAGCCCGGGCAACGCCAGGUAUUGCAGCUAGUAUAUGAUAUUUCGCGUACCUAGUUAUAGGCUGUUAUUAUUAGUUAAUUACUCAUAUUCACAGAAAUGAGCUAUAUUACUGACCUCAGGUAUAUCAAUUGUAAAAUAUGUAAUAAACAUUCAAUAUACAAGCAAUUUUAAUCAUCGGUAGUAUUUUAUAUAAGUCAAGAUAGAACCAUGAAGAAUCCUAUCGUUUAAUGAACUUAAAAAUAUUUAUUUUUCAAUGCGUAUUCAGCCUACCAGAUUUUUACGAAAAAGUUUCUAGUAGGCUACCUACGAAUAGAAAAUAAUGAAAUUUUCAACUAGGCAUGUAUAAUUACGAAUAUAAAAAUUUACCAAAAAACAAAGCACAUACCAUAGAAAAUCCAGUGUACAAUAUCAUUUUAAAAAUUAUUAUUUUAAGAAUAUGUAUUCGUAAGCACUAUAGUAAAAUGAAAUUAACAAAGGCUGCUAUAUCUCGCGAAAAAAAUACAUUUCUUAUUCAUGAUUGAUGGGAUUACGAUUUUGACCGUGUAAAAAGUCUAGAAGCGAAUCACGAAAGUUCGGUGCAAAAGUUACCGAUUUCUGAUUGGGCUAGAGAAAAAAUUAAAUUUUCGUGAGCGACAGCAACCAUUGGCUAGAGAGACACUGCUGGUAUGUGCGUAUAGAAUUGAAAUAUAAAGUAAGCUCAAACUGUUUCAGAAAAAUAUCACGAGAUACAUAAAUAAGUUGAAUACACCACAAACAUACUAUAUACCUUAACAGAGCACACAUAUAAUUCACUUAUCUCAGUCUCGUAACAUAUUUAAAUUAUGGCAUGCAGUAUGUUCGUAGUAACAAGCCUAUUAUAUUUCAUUUCACAUUAGAUUUAUUUAUCCUAACAGAAUAAAUGCAAUUAGUAAAACGAUCAGCUUUUAGAUUAUAAGAUACUUCGCGGUUAUUUUAAAUUACGAUAAAUCCCAUGUGGUAUCGCAAAGUAAAAUAAUGAGUCCAGCCGGCCUGCUAUAUAUGUGUGUAUAUAUAUAUAUAUAUAUAUAAUAUUCUUUUUUUAUUCUUCAAGUGCAAAAUUUAUUUAACUAAGUUAGGAAAACACAUUAGCCACAAAUUUCUUGCCAUUCGGGUUAAUAACGGUGAAAUUUUCUAAAACGAGAACAAUGUAGUCCGAGGUUUCAGUGCGUGUAUACAGAUUUUCACAUAAACGUUUUAGUGCAAGAAGUACUCAAUUAUGAAAAUUAAUGAAUUUAUGUUUAUAACAGGGUUUAAAAUUAACUUCCGUUAAUUUCUACUCACUUAAGUAUUCAUGUCCAGGGAAACAUUAUACUAUAAAAUUUUAUUAUUAAUAAAAAUGGUGUUUGUUUGGUUAUAGUGUCGUGCUAUUUUGUACGAUGCUGUCUGCAAUUUCCAUGGAUUGCCGAAUCUGUUGCGAUAACAGUUUUUACUAGCACAUUCUAUUAAAUAAAUAUGCAUCAUGUGCUACAGCAAC